CCACCACAACAAAGAUGGCGGCGGCGCUACGAGCUACCGGCUCGGGCUACCUGAAAAAAUGUCUCGUACACGGUAACUCCUCUAUGAUACGCCAUUCUGUCACAGCCUCCACAACUACUAUUAGGGUUGGUUCUUGGUUAUCAUCAUCAAGCUAUCAUACUGGUACAUCAUCUAAAAGAAACAAAUGGAUGCACUGUGGAGGUUCAUCGAAGUUAUUUCUAAAAGGGCUAAAUGUAAGACCACUUGCAUUACAAGUUACCAGAUCCAGUGUCAGACAUAACAGCUCGGCUAGCAGUAUAUUACAUAAGAUAUUCUUUGUGAAUGCUGCAUCACCUUACUCCAAUGAAGAGAUCAUUGAAUCCAAUUCCAUGGGUGUUGACACACUUUCUCAAGAUACGAGUACAGCCAUUCAUUCAGUGCCUGAUGCAACUUUGGGUCACACAGUCUUUGAUGAUGCUACUACUCACUCAAUGUCAGAUGUUGCUGGUGAAGCUUUUGCAUCAUCACACACCUCAUUUGAUUCGAUAACUUACAUCCCUCCACCUCCAGUACCUCCAGAAGCUAUAGGCCCUGCUCUAAAUGCACUUGGUGAAUCUACAUUUCAAAGUCUUGGCUUAGGUGGCUGGAGCCCAAUUGGUAUCUUCCAGAACUGUCUUGAAUUUCUACAUGUAUCUGCAGACCUUCCUUGGUGGGGUGCUAUUGCUCUGACUACGGUGGUCAUUCGUACACUACUCUUCCCAUUGGUAAUAUUGGCUCAAAGAAAUGCUGCCAAGAUGAAUAACUAUAUGCCACAGCUCCAAAUCCUUCAAAUGAAGAUGACCGAGGCCAGGAAUUAUGGCAACCAAUUAGCUGCUGCAAGAUAUGGUCAAGAGAUAGUGCAAUUUAUGAAGGAGAAGGACAUGAAUCCAUUAAAGAAUGUAAUUGUUCCUCUUGCACAGGCCCCCAUCUUUAUCUCGGUGUUCAUUGGACUUCGACGACUGGCUAAUUUGCCAUUGGAAAGCUUCAAGACUGGGGGUCUCUUCUGGUUUUCUGACCUAACUGUUUGUGACCCUUAUUACCUUCUGCCCAUUGUUACAUCAAUCACCAUGUUGGCCACAAUAGAGCUUGGAACAGAUAGUGCUAGACUGAGUGCACAAAACAUGCAGGUUAUGAAGUAUUUCCUGCGUGGAUUGCCAUUGCUUAUCCUACCAUUCACGAUAAACUUUCCUGCGGCCGUGUUGUGCUACUGGGUCUCCACCAACAUGUUCUCGCUGAUCCAAGUUGGCUUUCUCAAGAUCCCAUCUGUAAGGCAAUAUUUCAACAUUGAGCAAAUGGUCACUCAUAAAAAAGAGACACUUCCUCAGCAGAAGAAAGGACCAAUAGAAGGCUUCAAGGAAUCUUGGAAGAACAUGCAGAUUUCAAGGGAAAUUGCUGAACGUCAGGGAUAUGAUGAAAUAAGAUUCAAAAAGGCAGGAGCUGGGCCUAUUAUCCGAACAUACAAACACGAUCCCACUAAAAGAGUCAUUAAUGUUCAAGCCAAAAUGAAGAACAAAUAAUUAAAUUGCUUUAUUAAGUAUAUGUUUAUAAUCCGAAGAAAUGCUGUGAAUAGAUAAACACCUUGGAGAUGCUGUGGUGGGAUUUCAAAACAUUUUAUUAAAAAUUCGUUUUGGUAAAGUUUAACAAUGCUUUUCUCUACUAGGUUACAGUAUUACUUAGUAAAAAUAUAAUGCAAUAAUUAUUAACAAUCUUAAAAGAAUUUAUUAAAUUUUAUGACCAAUUUAAUAUCCUAUAAAAUUAAACAAAAUAUAAAUACUUCUAGAAUACAGUACAGUAUAUGUACAGUAUUUAGAAUUUAUAGUAUCAACCUGUUUUGCAGAAACUGGAUUAUCUAACUUUUUAUAGUGGUAUCCACUUUAAGUAAUGGCUAUAUUGCCAGAUGUCAUUGUUUCAUUUAAAAUUAGUAGGCUAUUUACUGGUAAUUUGGUUCUUAUGUAUAUAUUACAUGUAUGGUAAAUAUUUUUGUAAAUACAAUUACAGUAUUUGAUGUUAAUAUAUAAAUGUUAUUGCAUAUUAAAAAAAAAAAUAAUUCGG